AUGCAUGCAACACUUAUUAUUUUCAUUGAUCGAGAAGAACAAAAUAGUAAUUAUACUGAUAUAACAACAGGAGAAUAUUUAAUGAAUAGUAAUAUAAGUCAUGCUCUUAAUGCUGAAUGCAAUACAUUUCUUGAUGCACAUAAUAUGGCUUAUAGAAAAGCAAUGAAAUAUUUAAAAGUUGAUACAACAAAUGAACAAAGAGAAGAUCAAGUUCAUGGAGGAGUUCUAUUGCUUAAUAAACUAUUACGAGUAUCGGAUAUAAAAUUUGAAAAUAUUUGUCAAGAUUUAAUUCAUCCAUAUUGUGCACCGAAACCCAAACCAGUUUCAUAUAAAGCAGUUCUAUAA